AUGUUGCAGGGCGCAUGCUCACUCCCAAGUUUCCUGGUGCCUUUUCUAUUCCACCUUAUGAAACUUUUUCCUCGGCGUGGUCUCAUCCGCGAUUUAAGGCAUAGGUGUCGCCGAGCCGGGAGGCUGGGAGUCGCUGGGCGUGCGGGGGAGAGGCCGGGCCGCGCCGCGGCGGGGGGCGGAGGGAGAGGGCCGGCCGGGCGGGAAGGUGGGCUCUGGCCGCGGGGAACCGGGGACCGAGCCGCCGCCGCCCCUAGAGGGGAGCAGCCGGGACGAGGGGCCGCAGUCCGGGGAGGGGGCCCCACGAUGCCCAAAGUCUUCCUGGUGAAGAGGAGGAGCCCGGGGGUCUCGGUCCGCAGCUGGGAUGAGCUCCCGGACGAGGAGAGGGCAGACACCUACAUCCCAGUGGGCCUGGGCCGUCUGCUCCACGACCCUCCCGAGGACUGCCGCAGCGACGGCGGCAGCAGCAGCGGCGGCGGCAGCAACAGCGCGGGGGAGCCCGGAGGCGCGGAGAGCAGCUCGUCCCCGCGCGCCCCCGAGCGCGAAACCCCCGAGCCUGGCGAUGGCGAGGUCCCCGGUGGACACCUGGCGGCGAAGCAGCGCCCGGUCGCCAGAUCGAAAAUCAAGUUCACCACAGGCACCUGCGGCGGCGACGCAGCGAUUCACACCUGCGACCUGUGCGGCAAGGCCUUUCGCCUGCAGCGCAUGCUCAACCGGCACCUCAAGUGCCACAGCCAGGUGAAGAGGCACCUGUGCAGUUUCUGCGGCAAGGGCUUCAACGACACCUUCGACCUCAAGAGGCACGUGCGCACACACACAGGCAUUCGCCCCUACAAAUGUGACGUCUGCCACAAAGCCUUCACCCAGCGUUGCUCCUUGGAAUCCCACCUGAAGAAGAUCCAUGGGGUGCAGCAGCAGUAUGCCUACAAGCAGCGCCGGGACAAGCUGUACGUCUGUGAAGACUGUGGCUACACGGGCCCCACCCAGGAGGACCUGUACCUGCAUGUGAAUGGUGCCCACCCGGGCAGCGCGUUCCUCAAAAAGACAUCCAAGAAACUGGCAGCCCUCUUGCAAAACAAGCUGACAUCCACGCUCCAGGGCAAUGCCAACCUGAGCGAGGAGGAGGAGAAGUAGGAGAGGGCGUGGAUGCCAACGCUGCCACGUGUCCACAGAUUCCCGGUCUUGAGGGCCCCCUGACCCACGGGCUCUUUCUAAGUCCAAGUGUUCCGUCCAUCUCUCUGUCCUCUGGGGGCCUCGAUGGGGGCUCCGUUCCAAGGCUGUCAGUGAUAACAGUGGCUUCAGGCCCCCCGUAACCCGUAUCCUCAGGAACACUGUCACAUGAAUGAUAGCUUCUGGAUGGCUAUGAUCACCGUCUGGGGUUUGGGUUUUUUUUUUUUUUUUUUUUUUUAAGAUUUUCACACAUGGAGGCAGGGGUGUUCUUAAGAGAGACACCCCUUGGAGAGAUUGAUAUGGUGCCUUGAAAUAAAAGUACUUCCACUUGAAA